AGCGGCAGUCACAGCGUCGCAGUUUCAUUGAGGCGCACCACUUUAUUUAAGUAGCUUCACGAAUAACACGUGCGCUCCUUUGUUUCUUGAGUCCGUGGCAGCACUCACCACCUUCAGUGAUCGACCAUCGUCGCCAUGUGGCUGGAGCUGUUCCUUUUCGUCCUCCUGGUGCUGCUUCUGCGGUACUACUUCACCAGGCCCUCGGGCAUGCCUCCAGGUCCGAUGGUGAUUCCUUACGUCGGGAACUCGUUAUUCCCAACCAUUUCCGUCGUCAAGAAAUUAAGGAAGAAAUAUGGUGACAUAUUCAAGACUGAAUUGGGACAAAACAAAUUUAUCUUCUUGUGCAACUACAAGCUCAUCAAGGAAGCUAUGUCAAGGACUGAGCUGUCGGAUCGUCCCCAUCUUGAUUUGGGUUUUAUAUUAUCUGAAGGAGUUCCAGCAGGUGUCAUCAUGACUAAUGGCAAACACUGGCAAAAUGCUCGAAGGUUUCUGCUGCGUAACCUGCGUGAUCUCGGGAUGGGCAAGACCUACCUAGAGGACGCCAUUCAGCGAGAGGCACAGUUGCUGGUGGAGGAUUUCAAGAAACACUCAGGGUCUCCCACGCUCUUUCCCAAAUCCCUCAAUGUCGCUGUCCUUAAUGUUGUGUGGCAGAUGGUUGCAAGCACGAGAUAUGACAUGGACGACGAAAGGGUUUUGUCAAUCAUCAAGAUAAUAAGGUCUUUCGAAACUACGUCAGUAUUGUUAAUUCUGGAGUUCAUUCCAUUCAUCAAGAAGAUCAUUCCAGACUUCAUAAAGAACAGAUUAUCGCUCUACACAAAAAUGGCGAACUUGAGAAAAGAAGCGAAGACACUCAUACAGGACAUAAAGACAGCACACCGCGCCCAGCUGGACCCUGACAACCCAAGAGACGUGAUCGACGAGUACCUCAUCGCCAUGGACAAUAAGAGUGACAUUGCUGAAUACUUUAGUGAAUUGGACUUAGUAUGUGUGACUUUCGACCUGUUUAAUGCCGGGUUCGACACCACCUCCAAUAUGCUGCGCUGGAUCAUCCUCUACAUGAUCAAAUACCCCGAGGUGCAGCGGCGCGUCCAGGAGCAGAUUGACGCGGUGGUGCCCCGAGACACCUUGCCCUCCUAUCAACACAAACCCAACCUGCCCCUGGUGGAGGCCAUGAUACAGGAAGCUCUGCGCUUCUCCUCCAUGGUAUCCCUUGGCGUGCAGCGCUCCCCAGACAGAGACAUUCAAGUAGGGGGCUACCUCAUCCCCAAGGGAAGCUUUGUGUUCCCCGCGACCGUCUGUUGUCACUACGACCCUCAGUACUGGGAACACCCCGACCAGUUCAGGCUGGAGCACUUCCUGGACGACCAGGGCAACUUUGCGUCCCAAAAGGAAGGUUUUCUCCCCUUCGGCACAGGACGCAGGAGCUGCUUGGGCGAAUCUCUGGCCAGGAUGGAGCUGUUCCUCUUCUCCUCCGCCCUGCUCCAGAACUUCACUUUUUCUGCCCCCGAGGGUUGCGAGGUGAACCUCGAAGGAGAUCCCAGAUUGCCAUCAGUACGAUUGGCCCACGACCAAAACAUUGUCAUCACUCCAAGGACGAAAGAGGACUAACUGAGGUCACUCCUGUGGACUCCCUUAGAGGCUCGAGGAGCAGGCGCCUCCGUCCUCUGUUCCCAUCACUGAUUUCGUAAUGGUAGCUUUAUUGCUUGAUGACUAACUUUACGUCAUGAUUCUGGCACUAUUAAAGUAACUCUACAAAGAAAGCAUUCCAUGAACUGUAUUACAGUGCAAUGCGUGAUGUCAGUAGGUCUUCAAGGGUAUUUUUUUUUUUCUUAGUAAGGAAUAUGUACAUGUUGAAAAUGAUAGACAAUGGGCAAGAUGAGCAGUAUUAUGUGGGAUGUGGUCACAAUUUUGCUUCUCACCAGCCGUAUUCAGCAUGUAUCUAUUCUUUCUUCCCAUACAGACGCCAGAUUAUUUAUCUACAAUGAUCAAUAGAGAGUUUUCAUUUAACCUCUUCGGUACGGCAAGUCAAAACGCGGGCCACACAUCAUAUCUGGGAUUUCCGCGCGCGCGGCAAACUUUAAAACUCCACAAAACUAACAUUCACAAAACUAACAAAACUAACCAUAAUUAUAAUAUACUAUGUAUCAGAAUAUCCGGAAUGAUUUCAUUGUGCCUUACACACCAAUAUUCUGUCUAAAAUAAAGUGCAUUUUAUAUUUUA